AUGACUAAAUCCACCACCGUCUCCGCCGUAUCUCACUCACCCUCACCAUCCCUAUCCUCUUCUCCAUCCUUCCGACUCCUCUCUCACCUCACUCUUCCACAACAACAACAACCAGAUCUCAACAACAACAACAACAACACAAACGCUUUCGAAUUCCAUGAAAGCGACGUCGUUUGGUCACCAUCAUCAUCAUCCGACGACGACGCAUCUGAACUUCCGUCUCCGUCACCGUCACCGUCACACGCCUCCACUUCACCGCCGCUUCACCGUCACAACACCUCCGGCCUCUACGCCGCCUUAUCCGACGACCAGCUCCCCUCCGUCCGACGAAAACCUGCCGUAACUCCGUCGCAAUCCGCCGCCACCGCUGCAAGGACGAUUCCGCCGGUGACCGUACGGCGUUCGUCUGAGCAAUCUCCCGGUUUUCACCAAUCGGCGCCGGUGAAUGUUCCGGUUUGGUUGAAGAACAAAUCGAGCGGUUACUUAGGGUUUGAUGACGUCAUUGAUGACGUGGCAGAGGAGGAAGAUGAUAAUAAUAAUGAAAUGGUUCCGCCUCAUGAGAUUGUGGCGAGAUCGUAUGUGACAUUUUCGGUGUUUGAAGGUGCUGGCCGUACGCUCAAAGGCAGGGAUAUGUGUCGUGUUCGCAACGCUGUGUUUCGGAAAACAGGUUUUCUCGAUUGA